ACUCCCUCCCAAUAGUACUGUUAUCAGUUACAAUUUAACAGAAAAGUAAAAUAUAGUGACAAUAAAGAUUCAUACAAAAGAAUUCUCUUCUAAAACUAAAUAUUAGAAUCCAAUUUCAUUUUCAGAAACCCUGCAAUUUGUUCAUCAGGGUUUUAUUCAGUUUACAGAUUCUUGGAGAUGGGUGGUCUCGAUAAAGAUAUCUACUUUCUACUUAUGCAGUUCUUUGAGGAGAAAGGUUUUAAAGAAGCUGCAAGAACGCUUGAACAUGAAAGUGGGAUUUACUUCAACUUGAAGUAUUUUGAGGAAAUUAUACAAAAGGGGAAUUGGAAUGAGGCUGAGAAAUAUCUUUCUGGUUUCACCAAGUUUAAUGAUAAUAUGCAAUCUACCAAGAUAUUUCUGUUAAUCGCAAAGAAUAAAUAUUUUGAGGCAUUGGCCAAUAAUAAUGAUAACAGCAAAGCUUUAGAGAUUCUGGGGAAUGAUUUGAAAGAUUUUGAUUUGGAUUUAUUCGGAGAAACGGCUCAGCUUUGGAGUUCUCAUGUUGCUAUGGAAGGGAUCACUUCCAAGUAUAGAAAUACAGAAUCUUCAAGGAAAAAGUUGAUGGAUAAGCUCAGGAAACGUAUCGAGGAGAAUCCCAUUUUCAGGGACAAAUUGGAAUUUCCUAAAAUUCAAAGUCAGAGGUUCGCCCAUCUCGUUGCUCAAAGUGACGUAGUAUCUUCAGACGAUUUCAAAUCCAUCUCAUUAUCUCUUAGCUGUCCUGACAGUACAAUAGAGAAUUUGAAGGAAAUCAAUGGUGUUUCUGAAAAGUUUCCUAAUGAGCUUGUGCACAGAGUUCGGUCAUCUGUCACUCGGAAUAAAAAGACCACUAAUACGGAAUUUCCUAAGAGAGUUUUAAUAAGAUUGAAUUUAGGCUCAUCUGCAACAAGCAUGGAGUUUCAUCCAGUUCAACAAACUCAUUUACUAGUUGGAACUGCUACGGGAGAAAUCACCUUGUGGAAAGUUAGACCUGCGAAAAAGUUGUUUUCGAGCAACUUUGAAGUUUGGGGGACUGGAUUAUGCUCCAUGAAACUCGAGAAAACUAUGCAAACGAAUCCAUGCAUUUCCGUUAAACGCGUUGCUUGGAGCGCUGAAGGUUCUUUAUUUGGUGCUGCAUUUUCCGAACACAUAGUCCAAAUAUAUUCUUAUCUCAAAGAUGACGUUUGCAUUGUCGAUCAGCAAGUGCAGAUCGAUGCUCAUGUUGGUGGUGUCAAUGACCUUGUGUUCUUUACUCAUAACGAGAAAGUAUUGGCGAUUACUUGCGGAGAUGAUAAGACAGUAAAGGUAUGGGAUGCAAGUGAUGGUAUGAGUAUAUAUACAUUUAAAGGACAUGAUGCUCCUGUCUAUUCUAUCUGCUCUCACAGCAUCCACGGAUUCCCUGAUUUAUAUUCAACAGCUGCGGAUGGAAGUAUAAAAUCAUGGAUAUAUGGUAUACAAAGAGCUAUAGCUUCUUAUAAUGAUCUUGAUCUGGUCAGCACAUCAGUAGCAUAUAGCGCUGCUGCUGAAUAUAGCCCUGAUGCUGGUCAUGAAAGACUUUUCUCAUGUGGACAAUCAUUUCUUGUUGAAUGGGACAACAAAAUCGGCACAAUAAAGAGAAGAUACAAAGGAUUGCUUGAAAAUUCUUCAGGUGUAGUGCAGUUCGAUAUAAAGAAUCGGUUUCUAGCAGCUGGUGAUGAUCAUGUUAUCAAAAUAUGGGAUAUGGACAAUGAAGAGCUUUUCAAAGUUGUUGAUGCAGGUGGAGAUUUACCGGCAAAUCCACAAAUUCGUUUCAACAAGGAUGGCACAUUGUUGGUUGUUUCUGCAAAUGAAAACGUAAUCAAGAUUUUGGCGACAGACAAAAAGAGAAAAUUUCAAGGAACUGUUGGUCUGAGUCAGUGA